GCCUAGGGUGCACCGCAGCUCCUAAAAGGCUCCCCAAAGAAAGCAAGGCACAGACGCCGCGGCCACUCUCUCUCUCACCACACACACUCACUCACUCAUUCACUCUUCCUCUUCUCAUUUUAAACCUUAUAAUCCUCUGAUAAUUACCAUACUGUCGAAAUCACUGCCACUGACCCUUAACGGACCAAUUUGUCGACGGAAUCUGACGGCAUGGACGGCGGUAUGACGUCAUGCCGGUCAAUUCUUGACAAACCCUACAGUCAACUCACCGAGGAAGACAUUUCACAGCUCACCCGUGAAGAUUGCCGCAAAUUUCUCAAAGAAAAAGGAAUGCGCAGACCUUCUUGGAACAAAUCUCAAGCGAUCCAGCAAGUGAUUUCCCUCAAAGCUUUGCUCGAAAAUGGCGAUGAUUCCGGUGCCGGCUCCGGGGCUUUAAGGAAAGUCUUAGUCUCGCAGCCUGAAAAUGCGCGGCGCGCAACUUCCAAUUUAGCCGAUUCGGUGAAGGAACAGAGCACUCCGGUCUUGGGAGACGAAAACAGUGCGUAUAGGCGGAAGGAUCCUCCCAAAUGUGCUGCUAACACUGAUAACAAGUCAUCUCCUUCCAGAAAUCCGGGUGAAGCAAAUGGGUUGGCUGGACAAAUGACGAUUUUCUAUUGUGGCAAGGUGAAUGUGUAUGAUGGAGUGCCAACUGAUAAGGCACGGGCAAUUAUGCACCUGGCAGCAACUCCGAUUGAUUUUCCUCAAGAUGGUCCAUUUAGUGGAGUUGCGUCGUUUAGGUCCAUUCCAUGCCAUUUACAGGCGGCUAAUGACAGACAUGGAAUUUUUCCCCCUGCUAUGAUCUCUCAUCCCAUGCAAGCAGAGAAGAUGGCAGAAUAUCCUCAGGAAUAUAGAGAGAAAGGGAAUGUUACUCGCGACUCUGAUGUAGAUGGUCAGAUGAACCGAAAAGUUUCAUUGCAGAGGUAUCUCGAAAAGCGGAAAGACAGGGGAAGAUUUUUCAAAGGCAAGAAAAAUGCCGGACCAACUCCUUCCAAUUUGGAGAUGUAUUUGAACCAUCAAGUGAGGACACAGGCCUCAAAUGGACAACCAAGCCAUAGCAAUACAAGUUCUCCUCCCCAGCCUGGAUUGCCAAAUAAUUUAUCUAGCUCAGCUGACAACCAGGCUAAAGUUGCCACUCGUUCUGUUGAUCUCAACAAUGAAGAUGUUUAAGAAUGUGCAAUUGAAGAUGCUUUAUAGGUCAGGUGAAUCCGGGAAUGAGUAAAUACCCAUUCUUCACGGGCAAUCACAAUGCUAACCCUAAAAGAAAGGGAAAGCUAGAAAAUUAUAUUAAAAUCAUUCAACACGCAUUCCUGUUUCCAUGAUUUAGGCUGGUAUGGUAUGAAUUGAGUUUUUACUAGUUGCUGGAGAUUUGUGAGGAAAUCAUGAUUUUCUAAUGGUAAUAGUUUGAGCACUAAUCUGAUCAAUUUUGUAACUUAUGAAGUGUAGCGCCAUCCUCGGGAAUUUCUUGUUUCUGAUGUUUAAAGGUCUCUCAUCUGAGAAAUGAAAGCUAGAUGUAGCCUUAUUCUAUGGAUAAUUAUGUAUGUAAAUGUUGGCCAGCUUUGGCCAUUCCAAUAGCCCUCUAUGCAAGUUAAUCAGUUGAAGUCUUUUUAUUUGACUCAAGCUAUCUUAGUGAUCUCUAAAAUUUUGUAUAAGCUUGUGUUU